AUAGCUAGGUAAGUAACGGUAGCUAGCUAGCUAGCGGGCUAAUGGGUCUCUCUGGGGACAGAGGGGAGCCAGUGGACCCGGACUCAGUCCAGGUUUUUUUUUGGCGGUCGCUGUGUAGUUUUGAGCGGGUGAAUGGUAGCCAUGGAGAUAUCUAGACGGAACAUUUUAAACCCCGAGCGAGGGGAUUUAAACGCCGUUUAUCAACGGCUCACGACAGCAUAGCAACGAUGGAUUUGUUGUCACUGUCGACGAUAGUUAGCUUCUGGUUGUUUUUGUUUUAUCCACUUGGAAAGUCGCUACUCUCAUAACCUGUUAGCUAUUGACCACUUCUUUUUUUUUUUUAUUGUUUUUUUUUAGAUAUAGUCAGCUAGAUAGAUAUAUUUGUAUUUUCCAGAAUUGAGUACACGUUACAUGUUUGUCCAAUUGUCUAAUUUUAGCUAGCUAGCUAGCUACAUUAACUUAGGGUUAACGUUAGCAAACUAGCUUACAACAAAAGUGGCUUAACACUUUGUUUUUGUCUAACUGCAUUGUUUUUCUAUGUCCUCUCACAGAUCAGUUUGAAACACCAGACCAGUCACCUGGUGAAUAUUUGUGUUUCUACAUCUGAAAGGGAGUAUGGAGCAGUGUCUCAGACCAGAUGUCAAUUUCCACAAAGACCAGCAAUAUGGAGCUUGUCAAGACAGUGGAUACCUGGACAGUGGUUACAGCUCUAAAAUUGAGUUCGGAGACGAUUUUAACCUCUCACGGUGUUGUUCUUCAGACGGUUUUCAUGAAACGCCUAAAGAGAACGUUUCACAGAAAUGCGAACCUCUGUCACCCAGCAAGAACAGACAAAAGAGGGCGUCAGAAGUCCACAGAGAGACAUUCUGAAGAACGGCUGGUGUGAAACUCCUAAAGUAUCCAGGAGAGAGCCGUUGCUGAGACGGCGUCUCCUUAUGUCUAAAUCUGCCACCGAGGGUAAAACUACAGACGAUACAGAAACACCAUGCACUAAAAGGACAGACUCGUCAGCGAAUGGGAGAACUGAACACUGCUCAAAUGUGGUCUUUGACUCACCAGAUACCUUUACUAUUGGAGCUUUGGCUACAAGCACUUUAAAACCAGAAGAUGUGCUUCUCUCCGGCAGGAAACUGCGCCUCCUCUUCUCUCUUGUAAAAACCUCAACACUUGAAGAUGGUAAAUGCAACAUGACCAACGUCACUCUCUUUGAGAGAAAGGCGUUUGCUACGUCGCUCUCAGAUGCAGACCUGGGAGAGAGCAGUGUCCUCUCAGACCUCUCUACCACUGAUAUGCUGGAAACCCCACACUGUAACAGAAUAACACCCUCGGUGAAAGACAAUUUCCAGACUCCAGUCAACAACAGCGUAGCGGCUGACCUCUCAGACAGCCUGAGUAUCCUGAGCACCCCUACUCCUAAAUACCACUUUGACACCCCCUCCUCCACCCCUACUCAUAAACACUAUGACCGCUCUGUGUCUGAGGACAGCGGCUUCAGCUCCUUGGCUCUGGAUAAAUCCCAGGACUCCACGCUAGACAAUGAUGGUUCCUUCCAGGAGAUGCUGCUGUCGUCAUCAGGUAGCUCCAGGUGCAAGGAGACCCCCAGCAGGCUGGCUGAGAUGAAGAGGAGGUCCAGACUGGAACGCCAGCGUCGCCUCUCCACUCUCCGAGAGGGGGGUUCCCAGUCUGAGGGGGACCGGGACGUGAGGAACCUGGCAGCCCACAGAGCUCAUCGCAGAGAGAAGAACCUGAUAUCCCAGGGACAUCUGGAGCGCGGCAUCUUCAAAGAGGAUGACGACAGUGACGUCUUCCUGGAUGUGACGCCGCCGAAAACAACCACUGCUAAGCUAGAGGACCUGUCCUUCACGCCGGCCCUACAGAUGGUCCAGGCCAUGUCCCAGAGGACAUCCAGGAUGUUGCUGGAGCACACCAGUCUGGAGGAACUGCUGAGGGUCUCUGAGAAGGAGACCUUCAGGACCGACAUGCCCCUGGCUGGGCUGAUCGGCAGGAAGAUGGGCCUGGGGAAGGUAGACAUCUUUACUGAGCUAAAGAAGAAGAAUCUCAGACACAUCCUGGCUAAGAUCCUCAAUCAGCUGUCCUCUGAAGAUGUCUAUAGGGUUGGUCAGGUGUCCCAUAGCUGGAAUGAGAUCAUAGUUCAGAACAAGAUGUCCAGCCGCAGGAGGAGAGACUACCUGAAGGACGUCAAGGCAGCUCUGGAGCUUGGCAGUGCAGUCCACGUCCCUGAUGCAGAGACCAGGUUGACCCUGCUGAGCCGGUCUGUCCUGAAGUCAGUCCAGGCCCAGUCCAGGACCCCCAGUACCAGCAUCCGUGGUACCCCCCAGUCAGGAACGGCCACUUUAACCCCCGUCCAGCACAACUCAGCCAGCAAACAGAACCUGUUCAUACAGGUGAGUCCAGGCCCAGUCCAGGACCCCCAGUACCAGCACAACUCAGCCAGCAAACAGGACCUGUUCAUACAGGUGAGUCCAGGCCCAGUCCAGGACCCCCAGUACCAGCACAACUCAGCCAGCAAACAGGACCUGUUCAUACAGGUGGCCAAAACCCUCUUCACUGACGAAUGUCUGAAGCCCUGCCCUCGAUGCCGCCACCCUGCUAGGUGUCACUCUGUGAAAAUGGAGGGUGUUUGUAGCAGCGUCGACUGCGGCUUCCAGUUCUGUACCAGCUGCCUUUGUGCCUUCCACGGGUCCAAAGAAUGCGCCAGCCUGUCGGCCAAACGACGCAGCAAGAAGGACGUUCUUCCCGGGAGCGCUCAGAGCAAACGCAAUGUCAGGAGAUUGUGAAUGUGUUUUUUUAUGUGUAGUUGUUUUUGUAAUUAUUUGUACUUCCUGUUCCCCUUUUUUUUUUAAAUUUGUUUAGCUUGGAUGUGUUUUUAAUUAUGGGUCGGAGAGGAGCACUGCCAGUAGAAUCGAUCAGAGAUGAAAUGGUUACUGAAUGCUGGGCUCCUCCCGAGCUAAUUCAUUGACGUACAAGAAUGUUGUCUCUCUCUUCCCAACUGAAUUUUCAUGGGUUUUAUAUGAAUGUUUCUGUAUACUACUGUAUAUUGUCUACAUUUACACACAUUUAUUUUAAUAAAGUUGUACUUUUUACAUA